AUGGCCGACAGCUUGUCCUCCAAGACGCUCCGAAGGAUAAACAAGGAAGUUAACUCCUUAAGGACGCAACCGCCAGAAGGAAUCAGGGUGCUUAUCAACGAGGAUGACAUCACCGAUCUCAAGGCUUGGAUUCACGGGCCAGCUGAAACACCCUACCACAAUGGCUACUUCAAAAUCUCAAUCAGGUUCGGACCCGAAUAUCCUUCCGCUCCACCAAACUGCAUUUUUGCGACCAAGAUAUUCCAUCCCAACGUAGGGCCGAAGGGCGAGAUAUGUGUGAACACGUUGAAGAAAGAUUGGACGUCCAGCCAGACUUUGACGGAUAUCUUGACGGUCGUCAAGUGUCUGCUGAUCUAUCCUAAUCCCGAGUCUGCCUUGGAUGAGGAGGCCGGUAGGCUGUUGCUCGAAAACUACGACGAAUACCAUCAGCGGGCUAAGCUGUGGACCGAUAUUCACGCGAAAAACAAGCCGAUCGGCUUAUUCGACUCCGAUGAAUCUGACACGACGGCAACAACAACAGCAGGAGCGGGAGGAGACUCAAAGCUGACAACGCUACCAUUCGCGAGCUCAAACCAAUUGAACAACAACCAGGCCAGUCUGAGUGGCACGACGACAACGGUAAAAGAUGGCCCAGAGAUGGACGAAGAGCGGUUGAUGAAAGCCAACUCGAUCCUCAACUCGAUCGACGGCGAAAACCUCAUCCCUGCCUCCCUCAAUCACACCGGCAACCCUAAACAGACCCACCCCAAUCCGACCAGCAAUCCCAAGGAUAAAGAUCGACGAGGCAGGAAACGCCUGUGA